UGCUGCCAGUUUUGAAAUGUUUAAGAACAGUGGAUACACGUGCGACAGGGAAGAUUUUGUGUAUUUUCGUUUUAUUAUGACAAAAAUCACUAAAUGGCCUUAGGCAUGAUAUGAAUGUAUUAUGCCGAUAAUUGCGUACACGGAACAGGAAAACUUUAAUGGUUUCGCGUUGUGCCAACAUCUGUGGUGUGAGUUGGUGUACUUUUCAAACGUUUGUUGUAUAGUGUGUACCACGUCUGUACUAAGGUGUUCCAGGGGGACGCGCGCGGGUGCUGAAUGUGUACGAUAAUGUGCAUGUGAAAAUAAGAACUCGUACUAAACGCAUUGUGUAUGUCGAAACAGCGAUUUAUAAGACCACGAAUCCAUACAGACUGUUGUUCGUGACAGCGAGUUUAACAUCUCAUAUUAAUAACAUCUCGUUUCAAUGCCAAAUGCAUAAGACUUUACUUUCCAACGAAGGAGCCAAUGUAAUAGUGUAACAAAGUACAAAGGAGGCUUUGCGUGUGUUAUUUUCCAGUGUUGGAAAUGUGAAUUAUAUAUAAAAGGAAAUAACAUUCAGGAUGUCACGACAGGAGAAGGGGAAGUCUGCCAGCUUCCUGGACCUUUUCUCUCGGCCAAAGAAAGGUGGACGUGGCAAUGGCAGCCACAUCCCCCGGCCACAUUCAGAGUCGGACUUCAAUGAGAUCGAGGAACAACAUGCACAGUCUAUUGAGGAGCUUGACGAAGAGACCCUCAACAAAAGAUUUGAGGAAAUGCUGAAUGAUAUGAACCUUACUGACGAAAAGAAAGAACCCCUCCGGAACCAACCGACCGUCAAAAAGAAGAAAAUGCUCAUCAUGCAUUCUAAAGGCUUAAAUCAGGAAACCCGCAGCAGGUUUGACAAGCCAGCAGAUUAUAUUGCGUACCUGUAUUCUCCAGAUCUCAGUGUCAACAAGAAGUACAACUGUAUAGAAUCUUUACGUAUUGCUCUCACCAAUAAUCCUCUUAGUUGGGUACAAGAGUUUGGAAAUGAAGGCCUCACACUCUUGCUGCAAAACUUGAAUGACUGUUAUCGAAAUGACAGUCGCUAUGACCGAAUACAGUACGAGUGCAUCAGGUGCUUAAAGGCAAUUAUGAACAAUACUGUAGGCCUGAAACAAGUGUUCACCCACAAAGAAGCCUUGGCAAUCAUAGCUCGAUCACUAGAUCCUCGAAAACCAAAUGUAAUGCUGGAAGCUGUGAAGUUACUUGCGGCAGUGUGCCUGGUACCUCCAAAUGGGCACGACAAGGUCAUUGAGGCCAUUACAAUGAGAGGAGAACUUGAAGGAAAUGGUCGAUUCCAACCCAUCAUCCAGAGUAUGGCUGCCCCCAACAACGAGCAGCUCAAGGUUGCUUGUCUUCAGUUGAUCAAUGCCAUUCUUUCACAAGCGGAAGACCUCGAGUUCAGGCUACACCUUCGAAAUGAAAUAAUGAGAUCUGGUUUUCUUGAUAUUUUGGAGAGUCUACCUUCGGAAGAUGGAGAACUGGGAAUUCAGGUUAAAGUAUUCAAUGAACAUAAGGAAGAUGACUAUGCAGACUUUGUUCAGAGAUUUGACAAUGUCAGAAUGGAAAUGGAUGAUAUAAAUGACUGCUUUGAAGUUGUCAAGAACCUUGUUAUGGACACACCAGCAGAGCCUUUCCUCCUGUCAAUUCUACAGCACUUACUGUUUAUACGAGACGACACGUUAAUUAGGCCAGCUUACUAUAAACUUAUUGAAGAAUGUGUGUCCCAGAUAGUACUUCACAAAGGUGGAUGUGAUCCAGACUUCCAUGCAACAAAGAGGUUUCAAAUUGACGUGUCCCCACUAAUUGACCAUCUGGUUGAGAAAUCUCAGCAAGAAGUUGAAAGUAGGGUUGAAGAGCUGAAGACUAGACUGGAAGAGGCAUUGGCUCAAAAGCAGGAAGCAGAAGCAAAGCUCAAAUACACCGAAGAAAAAAUAUCAGAACUAGAAGCAAAACUUCAGUCAGGAGGUGGAGGAAAGGCUGGUGGUCCCCCUCCUCCACCACCAAUGAUGGGCAUGGGACCACCACCUCCACCUAUGCCAGGAAUGGGAGCACCACCGCCACCCCCAAUGCCUGGAGGGUUAGGGCCACCACCUCCACCAAUGCCUGGUUCGGGUCCCCCUCCUCCACCUCCUCUGCCUGGCAUGGGAGGACCCCCUCCACCUCCGAUGCCAGGUAUGGGAGGACCUCCACCACCACCUAUGCCAGGCAUGGGGCCACCCCCACCACCACCACCCGGUGGCUUCGCAAUUCCUGCCGCACCCAGGCCUGAUGUCCUCCCACAUGGCCUCAAACCAAAGAAGAAGUGGGAAGUUAGCGGGCCACUAAAGAGGGCAAACUGGAAAGCGAUUAUUCCACAAAAAAUGUCUGAAAAGGCAUUCUGGGUGAAAGUACAUGAAGAGAAAUUAGCAUCACCUGACAUACUGAAUGGACUAGCUGAGAAAUUUUCCUCAAAGCCUGUUGCUAAGAAGGCAGAUGAUGCUGUUGACAAGGGUGGUACAAUGAAAAAAGUAAAGGACCUCAAGGUGUUGGAUGGCAAAGUUGCUCAGAACAUUUCCAUUCUACUUGGUGGCUCACUGAAGCACUUGAGUUACGAGGAGGUGAAGAAAUGCAUACUUCGGUGUGAUGAAACAGUACUGACUGACAGUGUUGUGGAGCAACUUAUUGCAUAUUUACCACCACCUGACCAGCUGAAGAAACUAGAGGAAUACCGCUCGCAAUAUUCAGACCUGACGGAAGCAGAGCAGUUUGCUGUUACGAUAGCGGAAGUCAAAAGACUUCUUCCAAGGCUGAAAUCAUUAAGCUUUAAAUUGCAUUACAAUGAAAUGGUGCAGGAUAUUAAACCGGAUAUAGUUGCAGCCACAGCAGCAUGUGAGGAAAUAAAACAGAGCAAAAAAUUUGCACAAAUACUAGAACUCAUUCUCCUUAUUGGUAACUACAUGAACAGUGGAACAAAGAAUGGUCCUGCUUUUGGCUUUGAGAUAAGUUUCUUACCUAAGCUCACGAGCACAAAGGACGUGGAGAACAAAAUGACUCUUCUCCAUUACCUUGUUGCAAUAAUAGAGAACAAGUUCCCAGAGCUGCUCACAUUCAAUGAGGAAAUGGAACAUGUUGACAGAGCAGCUCGUGUCUCAGUGGAGAUCUUGCAGAAAUCGCUGAGACUAAUGGACACAAGCAUAAGGAAUCUGGAAACGGAUUUGUCCAAUAGUAAAGUGCCUCAGUCAGAUGAUGACAAAUUUAAUGAAGUCAUGAGUUCAUUUGCAGUGGAAGCAAGGGAACACUGUGCUGUUAUGCAAAACAUGUUCAAGAAUCUGGAAUCUCUGUACUCGGAACUUUCGGAGUACUACGCAUUUGAUAAACAAAAGUACACACUGGAGGAAUUUUUUGGUGAUGUGAAGAAAUUUAAGGAUGACUUCAUUCAAGCACAUCGGGAUAAUGUAAGAUUACGUGAGGCAGAGGAGAAGCAGAGGAGGGCAAAGGAAGCUCGAGAAAAGGCUGAGCAGGAGCGAGCGCAGAGAGCAGAGCGCAAGAGGGCUCUCAUUGACAUGAAUGCUGACCAAACCCAGGAGGGUGUCAUGGACAGCCUUCUGGAGGCCCUGCAGACUGGAUCGGCUUUCAACCGAGAUCAAAGGCAAAAAAGGCAGAGGAUGAGGGUCGCUGGAGCGGAAAGGAGAGCACAGUUAAAUCGAAGUAGGUCCAGAACGGGUCUUGUGGGAAACUCCCUUGCGGGAAGGGAACUACCAAGUGAGCUGCUGAGUACAGCGUAAAGUCCUCAGAGGGAUGCACAAUUGUCUCCUGGACAGAACUUUUUGAAAGCGCAAUAUAGAUCAACAUGCAGGAAUUUUGUUGAUACAAUGUCGUGCUUCAUAUCAUGUAAUAUGCAAAUCUUUGCAAAAAGUAAUAUUUGUAAAUAAAGGUGUGUGUGUGUGUGUGUGUGUGUGUGUGUGUGUGUGUGUGUGUGUGUGUGUGUGUGUGUGUGUGUCUGUCUCCAUCCAUCCUUCUUGUGCUUUCUUUGUAUGUACAUAUAUUUUAUAAAUAUGGAGGCAUUAAAAUGUAAUCCUGAUGAUGACACCAAAAUAAGUUCUAAAACAUAUUUCUUUCUAUUUGUUACAUUUCCUUUUAAGAGAUUUCAUGUCAUGAAGUCUGAAAAUGUCGUGGAAAGGGCUUUUUAAUAUCUAAAUCUUCAGCAGAUUUUUGCUGUGUUGCUAAUAUUUUAGUAUUGUCUAUUGUCUUUAUUGUGUGUUUCUCACAAAGAAAAAAGUUUACAUGCUUAGUAUAUUUAACAAUAUGGGACCAAGUGACUGAUUUUUCUGAUUCUGCUAAAUGCUUUGUUUGUAACUGCAAUGAAUGACAGCAAAGUUUAGGAUGUUUAUAUUUUGUUUACUAAAGUAAAUCUUUAAUGGACUAACAGAAUUGAGAAUUGAACUGAAGUUUAAAUACGCUUUUGUUGAAAUACAUAUAUUUUUGUAUUCAAGUUUCAGUAAUAUGAACGUAUCUUUUGCCUACAGAGCCUGCUAAUAAAUAUCAUGUAAGUCCUAUAACUUUUUUAAAAAUGUUCUGCCAGUAGUUUUAUUUCAUUGGAUUAAAGUUUAUUAGAAGAGUUUCGUACUAACUUGUAAUUUAGAGACAUGCCUAGUCACUUUGGUAUAAUAUUUAUUUAGCACAUAAAUCUGAAUUUAAGGUGCUUCAAAAUAUGUGCAGUAAGUUUUGUCCUACAUAUGAAUGUUAGUUUACAUAAAAGCUUUUAAAAUCAAUAUAUUUGCUUUUUCAAACAGCACUGACUGGAUGUAAAGUUCUACCAGUUAGGUUAGCCAUCUUGAGUCAUUCAUGACAUUAGACGACGAAAGAUCAGUUUUGAGUAAACUGAAAUUGUGUACAGUUACUCUGUAGUCUGUUGUUGUGUCAGUAGUAAGUGACUGGUAACACGUUUAAUAGGAUUGCUGUUCUGAAGUACUUCACAAUUCUGUCUUCCAUUUUUUUUUAUGUAUGGCACUGGUAUGUGUAAAUAUUGAUUCUGUUUGAAAGCUUUGAUAUAGAUGAGUUGUUAAUAUAUUGCAUUGUAUAACAGAGCUGGCCUAAUGCCACGAAAGGAGUGCUGUGUUUUAGCAGCUCUUGGUUGAGAAGAAAAAAAUGAAUAGCUCAUUAUUUCUAUAUACAAAACAUUUAUAUAAAUUUUAACUGCCAGAAUGAGUUAUAGUUUAAGAAUAUUUAUGUUUUGCAUUCCUUUUUGAAUGUUUGUGAUAUUGUCACCAUUUUGUCCACCACACCAUGGAUGAAAACUUAACAGAAUAUUGUUAACAUAAUUGUGAUAUCUGUAUAUAAGUAAUAUUAUUUGGAAAUAGAAACUAUUUUAAGAAAUAAUAUGUAUACAUAAUGUAAUUUUAUACAUAUGAAAUGGUAUGUUGUACAA